GCCCGUCACCCGCGAAAGGCAUGGCCACUGGCCCGGGAGCCCGGGGCCCUCGCUCUGCCCGCUGAUCGCGCCCCGCGCUCAGGCGCCGCCGGCACCAUGGGGUGCAAUAUGUGCGUGGUGCAGAAGCCGGAGGAACAGUACAAGGUGAUGCUGCAGGUGAACGGGAAGGAGCUCUCCAAGCUAUCUCAGGAGCAAACCCUGGAGGCACUGCGCUCCUCCAAGGAGCCCCUGGUGAUCCAGGUGUUGAGACGCAGCCCCCGCCUCCGGGGGGACAGCUCCUGCCAUGACCUGCAGCUGGUGGACAGUGGCACUCAGACCGACAUCACCUUCGAGCAUAUCAUGGCGCUGGGCAAGCUGCGCCCACCCACCCCGCCCAUGGUCAUCAUGGAGCCGUACGUCCUUUCUGAGCUCCCCCCCAUCAACCAUGAGUAUUAUGACCCGGCGGAGUUCAUGGAGGGCAGCCAGCAGGAGGCCGACCGUAUGGACGAGUUGGAGUAUGAGGAGGUAGAGCUGUACAAGACUAACCACCGGGACAAGCUAGGCCUGAUGGUUUGCUAUCGCACAGACGAUGAGGAGGACCUGGGCAUCUAUGUCGGAGAGGUAAAUCCCAACAGCAUUGCAGCCAAAGACGGCCGGAUCCGUGAGGGCGACCGCAUCAUCCAGAUUAACGGUGUGGAUGUCCAGAACCGGGAGGAGGCAGUGGCCAUCCUGAGCCAGGAGGAGAACACCAAUAUCUCCCUGCUGCUGGCCCGGCCUGAGAGCGAGCUGACAAAGCGCUGGAAGGACAGCGACCGGGAUGACUUCUUGGAUGACUUUGGCGCUGAGAAUGAUGGGGACCUUCGGGCUCGGAAGCUGAAAUCCCCCCCUCCCCAGCCGCUGGGAAACGAAGAAGAGAAAGGGGCCCCCAACGGGGGACCAGGCCUGAGCAACAGCCAGGAGCUGGACAGUGGGGUGGGCCGGACUGAUGAGAGCACACGCAACGAGGAGAGCUCCGAGCAUGACCUCCUCGGCGACGAGCCCCCCAGCAUCACCAACACUCCUGGCAGUCUGCGUAAGUUCGGCCUCCAGGGGGAUGCCCUGCAGAGCCUGGACUUGAUGCUGGCCGAAGGGGCUGGCCUGGGCGCCAGUGAUAUCCCAGGCCUCACUGAUGAGGAGUACGAGCGCUACCGGGAGCUGCUGGAGAUCAGGGGCCACUUGGAGAAUGGCAACCCGCUGGGCCUGCUCUUCCCACAUGCCUCGGGUGGCACCAGCGCCCUGGACGUCAACCGCAACGAGAGCCUGGGCCACGAGAUGGCCAUGCUGGAGGAGGAGCUGCGGCACCUGGAGUUCAAGUGCCGCAACAUCCUGCGGGCCCAGAAGAUGCAGCAGCUGCGCGAGCGCUGCAUGAAGGCCUGGCUGCUGGAGGAGGAGGGCCUUUAUGCCCUGGGGGCUGGCGGGCCCCAGAAGCAUGAGCUGUCAGACAUCUCUGAGCUGCCUGAGAAGUCAGACAAGGAUAGCACCAGCGCCUACAACACAGGGGAGAGCUGCCGCAGCACCCCCCUCAUCACAGAGCCACUACCAGAGAGCCCCCUGCGGCGAGCUGCUGCCGCCGGCAACUCCAACCUGAACCGGACUGUGGCCGCCGCGCCCAGCACUGCCGUGCCCAAGGUGGCCCCUGCACAGGGGAGCCCCACCAAGUUCCGCUCCCUGUCCCGGGAUGCUGAGGCGGGCCGGAGACAGCAUUCGGAGGAGCGUGUCCGUCGCAGCCCCAAGAUGGGGGUGACCCUGGAGCGAGUGGGCCCAGAGGGCAGCCCCUACCUAUCCCGGCGCCACCGCAGCCAGGGCCAGGAGGGCGAGCACUUCCACAGCCGUGUACCACUGACCCCCUCGCGGGGCCUGGAAGAGUUGGCCCACAGCCCCUUGAGCCUGGCGGGCAGCCCGCGGGUGGCCUCUGCGGCUCCAGGUGCUGAAGCCCCCCGCAUGGAGUGGAAGGUGAAGGUGCGCAGUGACGGGACCCGAUACGUGGCCAAGCGGCCGGUGCGCGACCGGCUCUUGAAGGCCCGCGCACUGAAGAUCCGGGAGGAGCGCAGUGGCAUGACGACUGAUGAUGAUGCAGUGAGCGAGAUGAAAAUGGGCCGCUACUGGAGCAAGGAGGAGCGCAAGCAGCACCUGAUCCGUGCCCGUGAGCAGCGGAAGCGGCGAGAGUUCAUGAUGCAGAGCCGCCUGGAGUGCCUGCGCGAGCAGCAGAGCGGCGACAGCAAGGCUGAGCUCAACAUCAUCGCCCUGAGCCACCGCAAGACCAUGAAGAAGCGGAACAAGAAGAUCCUGGACAACUGGAUCACCAUCCAGGAGAUGCUGGCCCACGGCACUCGUUCCGCUGACGGCAAGAGGGUCUACAACCCGCUGCUGUCUGUCACCACUGUCUGAGCUGGCCCCGAGCCCAGCGGCCCUGCUGGGGCCCGCCCCUCCCCCCCCCCGCCCCGGCAUCUAGUGUGUGACCUGUGCGUACGUGCGCACACCUGUGUGUGUGUGCAUAUGUGCACACAGGGCUUUGUUAAUAGAAGCCCCACAGGAACAGGAGACUUCUCUUCCAUUGCCUCCUUCCUUCUCACCAAGUCAAGCCACAACCUCGCUGCCAGUGUCAGGGGCAGACCUGCCAGGACCCCCUUCAGCUACUCGUGUGUGUGCAUGUGUGAGACACAGGGCCACAUGCAUAUGCAUGCACACCUGCACACAUACGCAGCGUUCACGGUGUGGGCACUUGGCGUUGGCAAAGUGCAGCUAGAAAGGAAGGCAAGGAGGACCAUUGAGCACAAACAUGAAUGAAUGUCUUUAGCUUCACGGCCUGAGCGCAGGCCACCCUGCCCCCUAGGAGCCUUGGUGAUUUGUAGACAGUGUCCCUGAUUUUUGUGGUUUUUCUCCUUUUCUGUGCUUGCUGAUAGUUGUUUUUCUGUUUUGUGGACCUGCUCUGGGGGUUGGCAGCUCCUUCGGGCCACCUGACCAAGUGUGACCCCCCAAGUGAGGUUGGAAAGGAGGUCGGGA